AUGGAAAACCAGACAGUAAGUGAACUGAACCAAACACAGCUUCAGCCUCGAGCCGUGGUGGCCCUAGAAUACCAAGUGGUCACCAUCUUCCUUGUGCUCAUUAUCUGUGGUCUGGGCAUCGUGGGCAACAUCAUGGUAGUCCUGGUGGUCAUGAGAACCAAGCACAUGAGGACGCCCACAAACUGCUACCUGGUGAGUCUAGCAGUAGCUGAUCUCAUGGUCCUGGUGGCCGCAGGCCUCCCCAACAUAACGGACAGUAUCUAUGGUUCCUGGGUUUAUGGCUACGUUGGAUGCCUCUGCAUUACUUACCUCCAGUACUUGGGCAUUAAUGCAUCCUCUUGUUCGAUCACAGCAUUUACCAUUGAGAGGUACAUAGCAAUCUGUCACCCCAUCAAAGCCCAGUUUCUCUGCACAUUUUCCAGAGCCAAAAAGAUCAUCAUCUUUGUCUGGGCUUUCACAUCCAUUUACUGUAUGCUGUGGUUCUUCUUGCUGGAUCUCAAUAUUAGCACCUAUAAAGAUGCUAUUGUGGUGUCCUGUGGCUACAAGAUCUCCAGGAAUUACUACUCACCUAUUUACCUAAUGGACUUUGGUGUCUUUUAUGUUGUUCCAAUGAUCCUGGCCACUGUCCUCUAUGGAUUCAUAGCUAGGAUCCUCUUCUUAAAUCCCAUUCCUUCAGAUCCUAAAGAAAACUCUAAGACAUGGAAAAAUGACUCAACCCAUCCGAACAAGAAUUUGAAUUCAAAGACCUCUAGUAGAUAUUUCAACAGCACAGUAUCUUCAAGGAAGCAGGUCACCAAGAUGCUGGCAGUGGUUGUCAUUCUGUUUGCCCUUUUAUGGAUGCCCUACAGAACUCUUGUGGUUGUCAACUCAUUUCUCUCCAGCCCUUUCCAAGAAAAUUGGUUCUUGCUCUUUUGCAGAAUUUGCAUUUAUCUCAACAGUGCCAUCAACCCAGUGAUUUACAAUCUCAUGUCCCAGAAAUUCCGUGCAGCCUUCAGAAAGCUCUGCAACUGUAAGCAGAAGCCAGUGGAGAAACCGGCUAACUACAGUGUGGCCCUCAAUUACAGCGUCAUCAAGGAGUCAGAUCAUUUCAGCACAGAGCUUGAUGACAUCACUGUCACUGACACUUACUUGUCUGCCACGAAAGUGUCUUUUGAUGACACCUGCUUGGCUUCUGAAAUAACCAUUAGCCAAAGUUGA